AUGACGAAUCAUUUUUUCGUGAUGGACUUCCCCAUGAACAAUCUUGAGCAGUUUCAAAAGAAUCCCAGCGAGCCCCAGCCGAGUGUAUACUGCGGAGCCGCACCCUCGGUCGUUUAUCCGCGUGUCCGUACAGACAUGGGACUAUACAUCGUUCCAUCAGAGGCUGACACCAGUCAUCCGGCCGCUCCAGAAAUCUUCUAG